AUGGCUCCAAACUCCAAGGACCCCGACGGCGACUCCGAAAUGGCCUCCUCCGUUGAUUCAAUCCACGCCGAUUCCGAUGGCGCAGGGAGCGGUGCCCGCACUCCAACUCGCCCCGCCCAAGCUUCCUCGGCCGCUGCCGCCGCCGCCGCGUCGGAGCUCUCUCCCCCCGGCUCUCAGCCUCAACAAAGCUCAGAGUUCGCGACGAUCAGUAGCCUCGCGGCUGUACCAGACUCUGAUAUAUCCGGAACUGGCAAAGGCGCUGAUGCGCCAAUCGCGGCAUGGAAAAGCAAGCGCGCCCAGGAGGAUUACCAACGAGCCAUGGAGAGUGUGAUUGAUCAGGACUUCAAUUUGAAUGAGUUCGGAGAUCCAUUUGAUGAGAGAGAUUUGGAGCAAAAACUAUCAUGA